AACCCCGAUUAUCCGUUAUGCGACGUACAAUUCCCCGGAUUCGACAACGGUGUCAAUACCGCCUACGAUUAUUACGACUAUUCAAUCGGUCCCGCCGACUAUCCGACCGCUACUUCAAACUACUCCGUGUGGGAUCAUCAAUACGAUUAUUACGAGGCCAUUCCAGAACCGGGGUUCCAAAUCGAUGUCCAGACAUUCGUACAUAUUCUAACACAGGGAAGUAUGAAACAAAAAGCAGCAGUGGUUUCGAUCCUUCGAGGCUCGAUAAUCGCACUCAUGAUCGACGAAAGGGCUCACAUGCAACACUUGUUCCACACGCUCGUCGAAUCGUGCGAGGGCCCGCUGUUGAAUGUAGUUGCUGUAGACGUGUUGUCGGACCAAGAGGGGGUUGUAAAUGCAGCUGUAUCUCUCCUAGGAGCGAAUUCGAUCAUGAAACUUAUGGCGAAGCUAAGGAAGACUCAUCAUGCAUUCAAUUUGACGAAAGUUCUGUCGAAUAAGUUCUUGCACGUAAUGACUCACAGUUUCGGCUCGAUGGUGGUCGAGAGGUGCUUAAUGCUCUUCGGCUAUGAGGCUAACAAGAUAAUCUAUGAAAAAGCAAUCAUUCAUUACAAGCAAUUGGCCACGCAUAAAACGGGGUGCCGAGCACUGAAUCACUGCAUCAAAUAUAUCGAGGGCGAACAAAGGUUGAAGCUUCUCAAUCUCUUAGCCGACAUCUCGGAUUGUCUCUCCUUCGAUCCAUACGGGAACUAUGUUGUGCAGAGAGUACUCGAACAAACAAACGAACAAGUCAACAAGAAGAUAUUAUGCCUCCUCGAAAAACAUUUUCUAGAACUGGCCCAUCUAAAAGGAGGAAGCCACGUCGUCGAGAAAUGCAUGAAAACCUCGGAUGAUGGUCUGCUUAGUGUGGUCAAAGCAAUAUUAGAGCGCCCCGAGACAGCUUUCGCUCUCGCCCGAGAUGAUUUCGGAAACUACGUCAUUCAAAAUGCCUUGAGAAUCACUAGGGUAAAAACACUCUUCCUUUUUCAAGUUAAAAAUACGAUCUUUAUAUAA